AUUAAGGUCCCGAUAAGUGUUAAAAAUGUCGGGUUGUAUGAGAAGCAGUGUAAGUGCUACGGCUAUCCUGAUGUUCUGCUGCUUGGCCCUAAUAUGUGCGGGGGCGUCAACGAGCGGCCGCUGCAAGAUCAAGCGCCACACACACAAGGCACUGCAGGUCGAUAUGAACGGCCGCAGGUGCUGGGAUGACGUCAAGAUCAAAGGCUGCGGGGGAUAUUGCUUGACGUAUGAGAUUUCCGACUGGCAAUUCCCGUACAAACAGUCCCAUCACCCUGUGUGCGUGCACGGUGAUCGCAAGCAUGCCUCCGUGAAGCUGCGCCAAUGUGAUCCCGGCGUGCAGCCCGGUACCGACAUAUUCCACUACGUCGAAGCUACGUCAUGCAAAUGUCAGGCUUGCUCCUCAGAAGACACCAGCUGCGAAUGGCUUCCUCCUGACUCGUCACUUCUUGGGGGACUUGUAUUGAGGGAGGAGAUAGAAGAAGAAUUGGAACAAAAUAUUAUUUAAAAUGCAAUAUUGGCUUCAUUGUGAAAUCCUAAAAGAUAAGCGUUAUGGAAUUUAUGGACUAGAAACUUUCAUAUGCUGCAAGUUACAUUUAUAGAUAAAUUGAACAUUAAAAGAUUAAAUUCUAAAUUUUAAGUACUUA